CCACCCAUAAUUUGUUUUUCAGUUUCUUUCUUCUCCGUUUCUUUCUCUUCUUCCGCCGAUUCUCUCCUUCUUGAGAAAUCAAGAAACUCAAGAGACUCCGACUCUUCUUAUUCGUCUUCACCGCCGUUGGUUUUCUGCAUUUUUGUGUCACGGGAAGGAAAGAAAAUUUCGUCUCGGGGAUCUAGCAAAAUUAGUUCAUACAAUCAGUUGGUUUGUGCAUGAUGGGAAGCAAACCGAUAGAUGGGUUUGGUUUGGAAGAUGGUUUUGCAUUUUAUGUCAUGCUUUCCAAAGACCGGAAACCUAUUUGCCGUACACAGUGCAUUAAGGCACCUCAUCAAUUUUAUUGCAGACCUGCUAAUUGGAAUAUACAUGAUAUGCCAUACGCUUCAAAAUGUCCCCUGGAAGGUCUACCCCACUUUGCUUUACGACCAGCUUUUGAGGAUGAACGUCAACAAGAUGAAUGGGGAAAGUUUACAACAUUCCUGUAUAAAAAUGAAAAGGCUGCUGUCGUGCAACUUGAUACGUGUGUGUUAUACAUCAUCAAUCCUAGUCUGAAGGCAGGCUCGAAAGCUGGUGACGUCAUGGUUUUGUUUAAAAUGAAUGGUGUGCUAAAUGAUCACAAGAACACCAAAAAUGAUGAGUCCAUGGUGGUGUCAAAAAAGUUGCCCAGUGCAGCAAACUCUGUGAAGACCGGAACUUAUGAACAUUUACAACUGCUGGCAAUGGCUUCUGGUUCUUGUGCUGAGGAUCGAAUUUUGACUCCAAGACAUGAGGAAGUUGGUGAAAGCCUUGAUGCUCAUUUUAGUGGAAGAGAUACCAAUUAUCAUGACUCUUUAAAAGUAUCCUCUUGCAAAUCUGAACUCCUUUCAUUGAAGGAUGACUGCUGUGGGUCGAAAAAUUAUGCACGUGUAGAUCCAUCUUACCUUGCAACUUUGGGACACAGUCAUGAUGGAUGGAUAUUUGGUGCAAUAGCUGAGCUUAUUGACAAUUCCAGAGAUGCUAAAGCGACCAAGCUUGAGAUUUCUGUGGAGACUCGUUAUCUGAAGAAAGACGAUCUACAAAUUCCCAUGCUGUCAGUUGUAGAUGAUGGCCAUGGCAUGUCUCACCAGGAGAUAAUGGUGAUGGUUUCUCUUGGGCAUAAGCAGACUGAUGCAGAUGACCCUAAUCAAAUUGGGAGGUUUGGUAUAGGGUUCAAGACGGGAGCAAUGAAACUUGGCCGUGAUGCAAUUGUUCUUACGCAAACUACUACAUCUAGAUCCAUAGCUUUCUUGUCCCAGUCCUUCAACGAAUGCAAAGAUAGUGUAGAAAUUCCAGUUGUAAGCUACCGCAGGCAUGGAGGAUUUAUGGAAGUGGAUACAAGUAUUCAGUCGUUAGCUGUAGCUGAUUAUCAUUUAAAAGCCAUAAAGGAUUUUUCACCAUUUAAUGAGUACUUAAUAGGUGAAAAAUCAGGGUUAUUUGGUGAAAAUGGCACAGGAACACAGAUUUACAUAUGGAAUUUCGACAAAUGGGGCUCAGAUUUUUGCUUGGAAUGGCAGAAGAGGAAUGGGGACAAAGAUUCCCCCAAUGAAAAUGACAUAUUAAUCCGUUCUAGAAGGGUGAGGUCACGUUCAGGCCAGAUUAGCCAAAAGGUACCAUUGGAUUACUCGCUUCGAUCAUACCUCGAAGUUAUUUUUUUGGAACCACGGAUGAAAAUAUAUGUGCAAGGUUCACUGGUUAAAAGUCGUCCGUUGGCGAAAUCUUUGAAUAAGACCAAAAUUUUCAAAGGCGAGAUUAAGGGAAAACCUGUACAGCUUACUCUUGGUCGGAAUCAGCUAGAAUGGGAGCAAAUGAACUGUGGUAUAUUUUUGUAUUGGCACGGAAGGUUAAUUGAGGCCUACAAGAGAGUUGGCGGCAUGGUUCAUAGUGUGGAUAUUGGGCGUGGCAUAGUUGGAGUUAUAGAUGUCACUGAAAUGAGCAAUAGGAAUAAAGAUUUUAUAAUGAACACCAAACAAGCAUUCCGGGACUGCGAAGAAUAUGCGACUUUGGAGCAGUGGUUGGGUGAAAAAUCCGAUGAAUACUGGGAUGAGCACUUCGAUACGCUUCAAGUGAAACAAAAUGUCAGCGAUAAAUACAAGCCCGACCUUGAGUGGGUGCAGUGUGAUAAGUGUAGAAAAUGGAGGGCACUGGAUAGUGGAUUUGACACUGGCACCCUGCCUCAAACAUGGGUUUGUGGCAUGCCUCCUUACAACGGAAGCUGCCAGAAUCGCGAAGAGGAAAUGGAUCCUGGGGUGGUCACUGUGGGUAAAAAACGGACAAGGUGUGAUCCCAAACAGAUUACUGCAAGUGGAACUCCAAAGAAAGUUGAAACUGGAAUUAUUAUCACCAAACGUCAAAAAUGUAGUCCCAAUAAGAAAAAUUCUGGUAAUACUUCUGGAGAGACCAAGUCGGGGAAACCGAACUGGCAAAGGCACAAAAAUGGUCGUGCUAAAGCCACAAGGUACGAAGAAAGGUAACUGAGGAGUGUAUUUCACUUCUGUUUAUUGUUUGCACUAAAAGCUGUUGAUAAUACUAACAAGAAGUGGAGUCAAGAUUUUGAGGAUAUCCUCUUAUCUUAGGAUGAUUUGAAAAAGGCCAAACAAAUGGGGUAUUGCAAGGAUCUAUAUAGUGUGUGGUUAAAGAUAGAAGAAGAGCCUGCGAGAACCUUAUGUUUAAUUUUGUAUAGGUGCUAGAAUGGUAGGUGAAAAUCCCACACAUUGACAAGGAAGAUGUUUUUUUUUUUUUGUUUUUGAUUUCGCUUUUGCUAUGGGUGCGAUCUUUUUGAGAAACUCUCUGCACUUUUCCGUUGCUAUUGCGUUAAGCAUGACAUGAUUAAAUAGAAGUCGUGGAUCUUUCAUCUUGUAUUCAGAUUUUUGGUUGUAUAUAUAAAUGAAUACAAGUGAUUCACGGGUCUGAAUACAGUUUCAACUUGUGCAUUUAUACAGGCCAGGAUUAUAGAG